CCACUCAAUCCCAGCGCUCUUUGUGUGUGAGAGCUCACACACUCUCUCACAUAUAUGCAACUCUCUGAUUAAAGUGAGUGAAGCCGCAAGGACACAGACUAAGACUUGGAAAAUGAACCUCUUCUGCUUUACUUUGGAUGGUUCUACAGACAGCCUGUACGAGGCGGCUCAGAUUGGCCAGAACACUCAAGAUUUAUUACCAAGAAGGCUGCCCAGUCCCAACCCUGUGAAGAACAUUAGUGUGUGGAGUGGAUCUGAGCCCUGCAUCAACAUGAAGCUUCCAGAGACUCCCACAAGUAAGACUCAAGAAAAUAAGAUUUUGGAAAAGGCAAAGAGAAAGUCCCAAUUACUAUCCACAUCUGAAGAUGAGACUACAGAUCAUACAGAGUCUGAUGCCCACUGGCCGUCCACAAGGAAAAAAGACGGCUUGGUACACAGCAAGAACCAUUCGAACACAGAGAUGGUCAAAGAUCACCACCGGUCAAAACACAGUGGAGAAGAGAAAGAUGAGCGGAUGAAUUCAGAGAAGACUUUUAAAAAUCCUUCAGUCCAGGGUGUGAAUUAUGAAGCCUGGAAUCCCAACAGAGAAAACUCUGAAUGCAGACAGCAAGACUUGGCCAGAAGGUCAGAGAGUGAAGAUGAGGCGCAAGGUACGCUGAAGAAGAUCCAGAAACUAGUGGGAGGGAAAAAGGGAGGUCAAAGUGCCACAGAGGAGUCAAGAAAGCACACAGAACCUGAUGAAUCCAAUGGAAAGGGUCACAGUCCUGUUAUAACGUGCAUCAAUCUGACCAAAAAAGCUGAGAAGAAGCACACAAGAGCAUCCACACAGCAAUCCCAGCAGCCCCUGCAGGAUAAAGACAUUGAUAGAGCAGAAACAGAGGCUUCUUGGAGUCCAGGACUCUUUCAGGAGUACUGGAGCCCCAUGGCGUAUUCUCCAGCGUGGGACACGUCCACACACACCUGCCACAGGUCAACAGCCGAACAAGUCAUGUACAACUUCAACUUCACCCUCCCCAGAGACACGGACUGGGAGAAAUACGAGGAGCUCUUCCACCGACUGGACCCCUACAAACGAGAGCAGCAAGACAGGUGGAUCACCCACUCCGUCACGGACCUGGACGCUCCGGACCCUCUGGUGAGACGCUGAUCAGAGCUGCACUUCCUGUUGAAAGUACACACAAGAUUAACAGCAUCACAUGCUGGAGAACAGGCAGCAUCCAAUGUUUCAUGUGCUGGUGAUAUGGAGAUUUCUAAAAAAUACUAAAUAUGGGAGAAGAGAGCUUUUUAA